GACGUGUAUGCUAUUGACGUUUAACGUCACUUGAUUUUGUUUGUUUGACAAGAGAAAAAGAGCGAAACGAAAGUUGUCGUUGGCUUUUAUCUCAAUUUCUUCCAAUAAUUUUCAGUGUACUCUAUAUAAAUUGAUAUAAUUAUUACAAUAAUACCAUGCCAUCCAUGAAAGUGGAAGGUGAUAGUGAUGGAGACGGUGAUAUGUCUGGUGGUGACACGGAAAGAUCUGGGGGAUCUUCCAGAGGCCCAGAUCGUGACUCUAGUGCCGAAGAAGCUGAUGAGCCUGACUCCGAUGAUUCCUCUGAGAUGGAUGAGAGUGAAUGCGAAAGGCGGCGGAACGAGUGCUUGGACAAUUUAGCCAACCUGGAGCGGCAGUUUACAGUGCUCCGUGAACAGCUAUACACAGAGCGAGUGAAACAUGUGGAGUUUCAACUGUCGGAGGUGCGUGGAGGACGAUCACAGGAGUACCAAGGACCAUUGCAUAGGCUGCAAGAGAAUAUGCGAAUCAGGAUCGAAGUAGCUGGGAUACUAAAAGGCAUGCGCAUAGAGAACAUAAAGCACAAGUACGAGGCGGAGGAGCAGGCUGCCCAUCAGCAUUUUAAGAGUGAAAAAUGGCUGACCUACGAGAACAUGAAAGAAGAAAUUCUAGAGAAAAUCCGGAAGUUGGAAGAAGAGCGGCAUACCGUUGAUCUCUGGUCCUAUGGGGCCGAGUGGGGGAGAAAGAGACGGAAGAGACAGGUCACCAUGUCACCCCCAUACGUGGUCUAUAUGCUGCCUGACGCCGACAUCAUGGAAGACUGGAGACUAGUUAGGAAAUUACUCGAAAGAGCAGAUUAGUAACAAGAUUAUAGUAGUAACAAGAUAAUUUUAAGUAUUACUUCUAAGGUAAAUAAAUUAUAAUAAUUCGCGUUAAGUAUUAAAUUUAGGCUGCAUUCGAAGAAAACUAUGAUUUUGUCUUUCAUGUCAUUUGUAAGACGAGAAUAUCCGUAAUUAAACUUGUAAAUUACGGAGUAUAUAUAUUUUUUAUUACUUUCCAUUUGUUUAACAUGCCUUGAUAUUAUUGGCUCUGAUGAAUAAACCAUUCGAAUUUUUGUUCUAAUUCUUUCAUGUUAUUUCAAAAAUACGAUGCAUGCAUGGCAACUGGUUUGUAUGAUCUGAUUAUAAAUAUUUUCAUUCUGUAUCUAUAGUAAAAUUGUAUUAUCUUAUUGAACUGGCUUUAAAUGGGUGACGGAAUUAUAUUUCUUGAUUUUUUUUUCUGUAUUACUUGAUUUCUUAGAUUGGAAUAAUUACAUCAAGACAUUUUGUUGUAAGUUCGGAAAGCAAGUUUUUUUAUAAACAUUUUGUGGUCUAUUGUUAAGAGCGCCAAAUCAUUGUUUGCAAUUAUGUUUCUCUGUUUACGAUACAUUUGUAUCGCAUUCUAGACUUAAAGGUAUAUAUUGUAUAUGUGAGAUGUAAAUUUUCAUUUGAAAGAAUAAAGUCUUUCAACAUU